AUGGAGAGGAAUCUGUGCUUGGUUGUUCAUGGUGAAACUAGGAGUAAUAAUGGGAACAGGAACGUGGGGAUCAUGGAUGAAAGUGAAGAAGAACCAUCUGAAGAGCCACACGAAGAAGAACCAUGUGAAGAAGAGCCAUAUGAAGAAGAACCAAGUGAAGAAGAGCCAUAUGAGCAAGAUCCGAGGGACGAAGAGCCAUAUGAGCAAGAUCCGAGUGAGGAAGAGCCAUCUGAAGAAGAGCCAUAUGAGCAAGAUCCGAGUGAGGAAGAACCAUUUGAAGAAGAGCCAUAUGAGGAAGAUCCGAGUGAAGACAAACCAAAUGAAGAAGAAACAUACGAGGACAAUCCAAGUCAGGAAGAGCCAUUUGAAGAAGAAGCAUGCCAGACAGAAUCUGAUGAUGAACCAUACGAGAAAGCACUAGCAAAAGAUGAGCCAUCAGAAGGACAGUUAGCAUGUCGGUCUUACAACAGAGACAGCGAUAAAGACUCAGCUCAAUCUAGCAGUAACAACCUUUUGGGAAAAUCUCGAAACUUAUCUAGUAGCUUGAUUAUUUCUGAGAAAGAGGAGACUGCAAGGAUUUCUCAUAAAAGGAAGCUGAGUAAAUGGGAUGCGGUGCCAGGAGAUUCCGGCUCUACAGACGAUUGUGUUCAUGUGGAUAUUCAAAAAAAGAACACUAUAUCUAAAAUGCCUGGAGCGAUUAAGCUUCCUGAUUUUCUUUUUGAUCCGGAAUUUCAGAAUUUGCACAAACAGGCUUCGAAGAUUACUGAAAGGCUGCUGGACAGAGAGGUUAUUGAUGAUCGGCAGAAACAUGAAAGAUCCCCCUCUCCACCACCAGGGUUUGAGAUUUUAAAGGAGUCUAAGCUCCGUCAAAAGCUCAUGAUGCAGCGGCAAACAAUUCUUUCAGAAUUAGUUCAAAAUUUUCCUGGUUUUAAGCCUCCUCCUUAUUACAUAAGACCAAAGUUACAGAAGAAGAUCUACAUACCAGAGAAGGAAUAUCCCGGUUAUAAUUUCAUUGGCCUUAUAAUUGGGCCGCAAGGGAUCACACAGAAAAGGAUGCAGAAAGAGACAGGUGCUAACAUUACAAUACGAGGCAAAGGUUUCAUGCGAAAGGACAAGCUAUCUAAUCCUGACCCUUCUGACAAUGAGGAUACACAUGUCUUUAUAGAGGCAGAGAGCCAAGCUUCUUUGGAUGCAGCUGCAAAUAUGGUAGAAAAGCUUCUGAUCCCAGUGCAAGAGGAGUACAAUGUGCAUAAGCUCACCCAACUAAGAGAGCUAGCUGAGAAAAAUCAAAUAGUUACAGGAAAUAAUUCAAUUCAUCAACAAUCCAACUUUUCUCAGGCAUACCAGCCAACUUCAAUUAACAAUCCAAUAUCUAACAGCAUGGAGCUCCAGAAACAGAUUGAUUAUUCUAAUCCAUAUGCUGCUUAUCUUCCACAAUCUGCAAUGGCCAAUCCAGUAACUCACAGUAUGAAGCCACAGAAACAAAUUGAUUAUUCCAAUUUAUAUGUUGCUCAUCUUCCACAAUCUGUGGAUGAGUGUAAGCUAAGUCAGCUGUUUUUACCUUUCGGAGAGAUCUGUUCAUCAAUAAUUAGGAGGGAUAAGAUCACAGGCAUCAGCAAAGGAUAUGGUUUCGUGAAGUACAAAGAUCCUGCUAAUGCUGCUAUGGCUAUAUCAUAUAUGAACGGGUAUCAGAUUGAUGGCCACGCAUUAGCUGUUCGAGUAGCAGGCAUUCCUCCAUCUGUUACCAACAGUAGCAUGGGUUUCCAAAGCAUAUUUCAGCUCCCAAAUUUUAUAUAUCCUGCGCCCACUGUUCAGUACGAUGCUGGUUCAAUGUAUUGGCCUAACAACAGUGUUGCAACGAAUAUUGAUCCUUUUAGUGGAUAUUUCUCAGCAUCUCUUAAUUCAACAGGCCAUUAUUUGCUGGCAUCUUCCAUGAUUUAUGGGUAUCCAGCAUCAAAUGAAACUGCUCAGUUUUCAAGCUCUGCAAUGACUUUUGGCUCUCAACCUCAGUUGUACCAUCAAUCCAUGCCAUUAAACAGUCAAUCAUUUUCACAUGCUCACCCUGUGCAGAUUUCAGGCAGCUUUGAUAUGCCUCCACCUUCAGAUUUGACAAAAGAUUCUACAAAAGAUCACCAGGCAUCUAGUAUUUAG